CAUCUUCCGGGGGAUGAAGUGAAAGUGUGGAAUAGUUGGAACCGAAGGUUGGAAUAAGUAGGUGGAGUGGAACUAUUAUCUUUGAAAUGAGCAGAUAAGAUUAACUUCCUGCACUUUUCGUUCAAUGCAAAUUUUUUUUAUUCACCUCUUCAACGCUGGAAUUUUAUCGUGAAGCGAUCAGUUUACAAAGUAAUGCAAUGACUUCAAAAGGUGAAAUUAAGAUCGAUGAUGCUUUGUACAGCCGUCAACGAUAUGUUCUUGGUGAUGGAGCCAUGGAAAAAAUGGCUAUUUCCAACGUCUUGGUUAGUGGUUUGGGUGGAUUAGGAGUUGAAAUAGCAAAAAAUGUUGUGCUUGCUGGUGUGAAGAGCAUAACUUUGCAUGAUACGAAAAGUGCAACAACAUUUGAUUUGGGAAGUCAGUUUUACUUACAAGAAGAUGAUAUCAAGCAACUUAGGAAUAGAGCUGAAGCUAGUUGUGACAAACUUGCUGAACUCAACCCAUAUGUCGAAGUGAAGGUCUAUACAAAGCCAUUGGAAGAAAAUUUAGAUUAUCUUAAGCGGUUUCAGUGUAUUGUCCUCACCGAAGCAUCACUUGACAAUUCAUUGAUGUUGGACAAGUUUUGUCGCUCACAAGAGCCGUCCAUCAAAUUUAUAACAACAGACGUUUUGGGGUUAUUCUCCUAUGUUUUCUGUGAUUUUGGUGAUGAGUUUGAAGUUUUGGACACCAAUGGAGAAGAACCAAAGGAAUUCUUUAUAUCAGACAUAUCUAAGGCAAAUCCAGGAGUUGUAGUGACCAUUGAUAAUGAAAUGCAUGGACUGGAAGAUGGAGAUAAAAUUAAACUGAAAGAAAUUGUGGGAAUGACAUCUUUAAAUGAUACAACUCAAACUGUGAAAGUUGUGUCUCCUUAUGCAGUGAGCAUCUGUGACACAUCUUCUCAUCAAAGUUAUCAACAUGGAGGCAUUGCCAAACAAGUGAAAACAUCUAAAACAAAUCAUUUUAUGUCUUUGGAGGAUCAGCUUGCAGAACCUAGUAUUUUACUUGUAGAUCUCUGUAAGAUGGAGGCUGCAUUUCAAUUACACCUUGCCAUGAUAGCCUUAGACGUUGAAGAAAAAGAAAGGAAGAUAUCCUUGUAUGAGAAAGAUUUAGAGGAAUUAAUCAACAUUGCAUUGGAUAUAAAUGAGAAACAGAUGAAAUCAAAGGUCAACGAGAUCGACAGAAAGCUUUUUACGAAGAUUUCAUACUGCAGUCAAGGUUUUCUACCACCUCUAGCUGCUGCUGUAGGUGGUAUUGUUGCUCAGGAAGUAUUAAAAUCUCUCACUGGAAAAUUCACCCCUCUUCAACAAUGGCUGUAUUUGGACGCCAUAGAACUGGCGACAGACCACUUGGAAGCGUUUCAUCCUCAACAAGAUAGGUACGAUCCACUACGAAUAUGUAUUGGCGAGAAACUGUUCCAGAAUCUCAAAGACGUACGACUAUUUAUGGUUGGUUGUGGGGCGAUCGGUUGUGAAAUGUUGAAAAAUUACGCAAUGAUCGGAGUAGGAACAAGUAAGAAAGGCAAUGUAACCAUCACGGACAAUGAUUUGAUUGAAAAGUCCAAUUUAAAUCGUCAGUUUCUAUUCAGACCUCGUGAUAUUCAGAAAUCGAAGUCUCUUACUGCAUCGAAAGCCAUUCUGGAAAUUAAUCCUGAGAUGAGAAUAGACGCUCAUCAACAUAAAGUAUCACCAGAAACUGAAGAGCUAAUUUACACUGACGAGUUUUCGGAUAAAGAUGUUGUUGUUAAUGCUUUGGAUAACGUGGAAGCGCGGCGCUACGUUGACAGUCGGUGCGUGACAAAUCAAAUUCCUCUUCUGGAGUCUGGUACCAUGGGUCCUAAAGGUCAUAUACAGUGCGUUGUGCCUCAUCUCACAGAAUCAUAUUCCAGUCAGCGGGAUCCGGAAGAUCACGAUGUCCAUUGUACCUUAAAAUCCUUUCCUGCUGUUAUUGAUCAUACGAUUCAAUGGGCAAGAAAUAAGUUUGAAAGCCGAUAUUCUCAUAAACCUCAAUUGUUUAACAAGUUCUGGACCAACAAUGACCCAGUUUCGAGUCUUUUACAGUCACUAAAAGAUGGAGAUAAACCGGACAACGUCAUAUUGGUUGCAAAAACAUUGAAAUCGUGGCCUCAACAUUGGAAGGAUUGUGUCAGCAAGGCUCGAUUACAGUUUGAAAAAUACUACAAUCAUAAGGCAAAACAAUUAUUGCAUGCAUUUCCCAAGGAUACAAAAUUAAAUGAUGGCACUUUGUUUUGGCAACUUCCCAAACGUCCUCCGUCCGCCAUUGUCUUUGAUGUCAACAAUGAAUUACAUUACUCGUUUGUGACAAGUGCAGCUAGACUUCAUGCUGACGUUCAUCGUAUUUCUUACUCUUCUCAGGAAUUAAGUAAAGAGAAGAUUGUCGAGAUACUCGAGACAGUUAAAGUUCCUCAAUUCAUUCCAUCUGACAAAUCAAUUGAAGUGAAUGAAAACGAAACAGACGAGUCGAAAGAUGAAGACGAGGACGCUGUUCUCGAGGCGUGCAGAUUUUUAGUCGAUUAUCUCUCUGCGCCUGGUCUUGACCAUGCGACCUUAUCACCGUUAGAGUUUGAAAAAGACGAGGACAGCAAUGGGCAUAUUGAUUAUAUUACUUCUUGCUCGAAUCUCCGUGCGACCAUGUAUGAUAUUGAGACUGCCGAUCGUUUUAUAACAAAGAAAGUUGCUGGUAAGAUAGUGCCGGCUAUUGCUACAACAACAGCAGCCGUGUCAGGUUUGGUGACAAUCGAGCUGAUAAAAGUUAUCAAGCGUAGUAUUUUCGAUGACUACAGAAAUUGCUUUCUUAAUCUUGCAUUGCCAGUUUUUGUUUUCUCCCAACCAGCGCCUGCUGUGAAAACUGUCAUUUUGGAUGGUUUGUCUUUACUCUUUGGGAUCGAUGGGAAGUACAUGGGACGGCAACUUACUCUUCGUGAUUUCAUCAAAUAUUUCAAGGACAAACAUAAUGUUAAUGUCACUCUAGUAUCUGUAGGUGUAAAAGUAUUGUACAUUCCUAUAUUACCUGGACAUAUCAAACGUCUUAAACAGACAAUGUUGAAACUUGUGAAUCCAGAACCUGGUAAGAAAUACGUCGAUCUCAUUGUCUCGUUUUCAUUGGACGGCAGUUCUGAAGAAGACAACGAUCUACCCGCUCCACCAGUCAGAUAUUAUUUCGACAGUUAGUAUUUUUCAAAUUGCCUUAAUGAUAGAUAAUCUUUAAUUUUUAUGGCGGGGUAAAUAUAUAUUUAUACGCAGGUGAAAUUGUUUUCACUACCUAUAAUAGUCAGGAAAUAACCACUUGUUCACCUGCAGUCGUUGUGUAUUCAUCUUAAUAAAUAAUUAAGUGGAAAUUUUUCUCAAAUAAUUAAUGUCUUUAUGAAAGAUCAACUCGCAAGUUUUUAAUGAAAAAAACUAAUGGCACUAUUGCACUGCAGAUUAUUUUUAGUAUCACAUCAUGCUGUCUGUGCACCACACCACAAUUUAUUGCAAUACAUUACGGACCAGCAUCAUUUGACCAUGUAAAUUGUACGAUGUCAAACAUGUAACUAUUUGACAUAUAAAUUAUAAUAAUUGCUCUUAAUAUUAAAUUGUAUAAUUUUUAA